AACUGUCACUGUGACAGUUGCAAAAAAUGUUAAGACCUUUGUCAAUUUUUAUUUUUCCAAAAGUUAUGCAAAAUUUCAGCUUAAUCAGUGGAUUAAAAUUUUUAACUUAAAAAUAAUACAAAUACAAAUAUACAAACAGGCUAGAAUAAACACUUGUUAAAAUGGAUAAUAAUUUGUUUGGUAUGUAUCAGCGGUUUUUUACUUUUUCACCUCAAAAUACAUCUAAAUUAAAAAUCAUGAAUGAAAUUACCUGUCGAUGAAAGAAACAUAUCUCCAUCUCUCGUUCUAGCAUACCUCAUGCUCAAACCAAGAACUGCAUUUUGCAAUGUAAGUGUUACAAGGCUCACAUAUUUCAGUGUUUGUGCUUUGGCAUCUGCAAAAUCAUCAAUUAUAUAAAAUACAAAAUUUUCUCUAACAUAUUUCUCACCUUUCUGCUUCAUAUUGACUUAUAUAAUAAAUUAAAGUAUUGUUUUAUUUAUCCUUUAUCACAGCUUAACUAUUGUUCUACACGUACUUUAUUCAUUUCUACAACUUUACGGAAUUCAGGAUGACACGUCCCAAAGUGCUAAGCUAUGCGAUAAAAAUAUUGGGUUUAGAAGGUAUUUUCAUAACGUUUAUUUGAAAUCUGGCAACAUGAAUCAUUUCCAGAUAUUCGUUUUAGGUUUAAUUUUUAAAAUGCCUAGGAGAUCCAGAUCUCGAUCACGGGAUCGCUAUAGCAAAAGCUCCAGUUCCCAAAAAAGUAAAUACAGAAAUGAUUCGAGAAGCCCUGAACGCACUGCAUACAAAUAUAAACCAAGUUCUAGUGGUAAAUAUAAAAAAAGUGAUGAAUCAAGCAAAUAUUCAGAUUCGUCAAGGAGAAAAGAUGAAUCAAGCAAAUAUUCAGAUUCGUCAAGAAGAAAAGAUGAAAAGAGGUCUCGAAGCAGAUCAAGAAAUAGACACAAAAAGUCUAAAAACCGACGCGAUUCUCAUAGCAGCAGCAGCUCGGAUUCAUCCAACAGCAGUAGCAGCAGUAGUUCAGAUAACAGUUUAAAAUUAUUGGAGAAAUUAAAAGAAGAACGUCUAAAGCAAGUGGACGCCAAAAAGAAGCAAAAAGAGUUGCUUAAAGCCACAGAAACAGCAGGGGAAAAAAGAUUGAGACGGUUGUUAAAAAAGCAAGCGAAAGAAAGAAGCAGGAAGGAGAAAAUGGGCUGGGACAAUGAAUAUUUGCACUACACCAACAGUGAUAACCCCUUUGGAGAUGGCAAUCUACUCUCUACUUUUGUGUGGAACAAAAAAUUGUCCAAAGAAGGCCUCACAGGGGUCAGUCAUGAAGAGUUAGAGGUAAGAAAUAGGUUCAAACAGGAAGAAAACAAAAGGGAGCUGGAGAAGGUUAAGAAGAGGAGGUUGGAGAGGGAAUUGGAAAGGCAAAAAAGGGAGGAGGAAAUGGGAAUGUUGCAGAGGAGCAAAGAGGCAGCACAAUUUGAAGAGUGGGAGAGGCAAGAGGAUAACUUUCACUUGGAACAAGCCAGACUAAGAUCACAUAUAAGAAUACAAGAUGGCAGAGCCAAACCCAUAGACCUUCUCGCCAAAUACAUAAGCGCCGAGGAGGAGGUGGACGCGGUGGAAAUGCACGAGCCGUACACCUACCUCAACGGACUGCACAUCAAGGACCUGGAGGACCUCGUCGAGGACAUCAAGGUGUACAAGGAACUCGAACGGGGCAAAAACUUGGAUUACUGGCACGACAUCACCGUGAUCGUCGAGGACGAGCUGCAAAAGCUGCGCAAGAUCGAAAAGCAGGACGAUUUCGAGUCGGGCGCCAAUCGAAGGGAAGGCAUCCAUCAGUCGGUGGCCACCGACGUCACUGCCGUGUUCAAGGGAAAAACCACCGCUCAGUUGGCAGCCCUGCAGAAGUCCAUCGAGACCAAACUGAGCGGCAAAGCCGAUGGCAUCGAUAUCGGAUAUUGGGAGUCCCUUUUGUCCCAGUUAAAAGCACACAUGGCAAGAGCAAGACUAAGAGACCGACAUCAAGACAGUUUACGGAGAAAAUUGCAGGUCCUGAAAGCAGAACAAGCAGUUGUGGUGCCAAGUGCACAGAGCGAAACACAGGACAGCGACAAGCAAUCUCCUGACGUCCAACCGGGACCUUCAAAUGAAGAAGAUCCGGGUACGGAAAACGAGGAAGAAAACCACGAAGAGGUCGAAAACGAUAUGCUCAACGAAUGCUUUGGGGCCUAUCAGGCGGGUUGCUACAGUCCCAAGUUGUUGAGGGCUGACGAUUUGGAGCCCGGAACUAUUGUAGUUUCGGAAGAGGAUGACAAUAAGCGGCUCGAUUUUGUCAGGGUGCAAAUUGUUGGCAGUAGCAGGAAAGUUGAUAAUGUGUUGACAAAAGAAGAAAUUCUGAUGAACAGUGAAGCCAGGAAAGGUAUGGGUGAAGAUGAAGCACAGUUUUCCGUCGAAACUGCUUUGGACAACCAGGUUUACUUGUGGUCGGAUAAAUACAGACCCAGGAAGCCUAGGUACUUCAAUAGGGUUCACACUGGGUUUGAAUGGAAUAAAUACAAUCAAACUCAUUAUGAUAUGGAUAAUCCACCUCCAAAAAUUGUUCAGGGUUAUAAAUUUAAUAUAUUUUACCCAGAUUUGAUUGACAAAAAUGGAACUCCAGAGUAUUACUUGACCCCUUGUCCAGAAAACAGAGAAUUCGCAAUUUUAAGAUUUCACGCUGGUCCUCCUUAUGAAGAUAUUGCUUUUAAGAUUGUAAAUAGAGAAUGGGAGUAUUCUUAUAAAAGAGGAUUCCGAUGCCAAUUCCACAACAAUAUUUUUCAACUAUGGUUUCAUUUUAAACGUUACCGCUACAGAAGAUAGCCUUUUUAUUUAUUUAAAAUGCAUAAAUACAUUAUUUUAUAUUU